GUGGUCGCUGACGGAAUGCUAUUGGAGCCAUUGUUUCUGGUCUUAGCUCUGACCACAGUGUACUACAGCCAUAGAUGCAAUACGGCGAGCAUUUCAUCUUUAUCCCCGGGAAAUAAUGGUUUCAUUGGGAAAUCAUUAAGUAGAAAACUGAACAAGAAUAGAAAAUAUGAAAAUAAGAACAUAAUUUGCUACACUCCCGGUUGUGAGAAAGCCGCUGCUUCUGUGAUCAACAAUAUGGAUAUAUCAAUAGAUCCUUGUGAUGAUUUUUAUCAGUUCGCAUGUGGAAAAUUUAUAAAAUAUGCGAUUAUCGACGACGACAAACCGUUUCAGACGACAUUCAGCAUCGCUGGCGAUAAGCUGUUGAACAACCUGCGAAUAAUCAUUACCAAACCCAUCAAACCAGAUGAACAGAAACCGAUUAAAAUGGCGAAACUACUGUUUAAAUCGUGCAUGGACAAAGAAAAAAUCGAAAUGGAUGGAUUGGUACCGUUUAAGAAAAUGUUGAAAAACCUCGGUGGAUGGCCAGUGUUGGAAGGCGAUAAAUGGAAAUAUGCUGAAUGUACGUGGAAGGACAUCGUCUAUAAGAUUAGAGAGGUGGGUUACAGCGUGGAUUACUUAAUUCGAUUUUCAAUCGGCAUAGAUUCAAAAAACUCCACGAUGAGAGCAAUUGAACUGGACGAAGCAUCCUUGUCACUCAAGGGCAUCGAUGAAAAAAUCGUGUUCAGAUACUACAGGUACAUGGUGGACAUCGCAGUGCUGUUUGGUGCUGACCCGCACAGGGCCGUUAAGGAACUGGUACAGUCGUUGGAAUUCGAAAUACGAUUGGCCAAUAUAUUGAUGACAGCGGAAGAGCGUCGGGACACCGCCAAACUGUACAACCCAAUGAAACUUGCCGGUUUACAACAGAACUUCCCAACCAUACCGUGGAAAGAGUACAUGGACAAACUAUUGUUCCCGCAGACCAUACAGCGGGACGACAUAAUAAUUUUAAGCUCACCAAAAUACUUUUCACAACUUGAAGUCCUGCUCUACACUACGCCCAAAAGAAUCAUAGCAAAUUACUUAAUUUGGAGAUUGGUCACGCAGUGCGUUGGUUUUUUGACUGAAGAAUUAAGAAAAAGAGAGUUGGAGUUUCACUCUGAGCAAAGCGGCAAGACUGAACGAGAGCCCAGAUGGAAGGAAUGUGUGGGUAUCAGUUCUGAAAGAUUUUCAUUGGCCAUUGGGUCGUUGUACGUUAGACAUUUUUUCGACGAAAAAGCCAAAAAGGAAGCUUUAGAAAUGGUGAACGGUAUCCGGGAGGAAAUGUUCAAAAUAUUGUCAACAAACGAUUGGAUGGAUGACAAAACAAGGAAACACGCGAUAGACAAGGCGAAUUCGAUGACCAGUCACAUUGCAUAUCCCGACGAAUUAUUGGAUGACAACAAGUUAAAUGCGUUUUAUGAAAAUAUACCCGCCGGUAUCUUACAAGGUGUGUUCUUCUCCAGCGAUCGUCCUCGGUACAUGAAUUACGGCGCCAUUGGUUUUGUAAUUGGUCACGAGAUCACCCAUGGUUUUGACGACCAAGGCAGAAAGUACGACAAGAAAGGUAACCUGGUCGACUGGUGGGCAAACAAGACGAAGAAACGCUUCUUGGAGAAGGUGUCGUGCAUCAUCAAACAGUAUGGAAAUUACACGRUUGAAGAGAUCGGUCUCAAGUUGAACGGCAUCAACACACAGGGAGAGAACAUCGCGGACAACGGUGGCUUGAAGCAAGCGUACAACGCGUAUAAAGUGUGGACCAGACGACAUGGCGAAGAACCACGGCUGCCCGGCCCACUCCAGAACUACACGCCGCAGCAGAUGUUCUGGGUGAGCGCCGCCAACGUGUGGUGUUCGAAAUACCGUCCGGAAGCACUCAAGACUGAAAUCAACACUAACUCUCACUCGCCCGACCGUUUCCGGGUCAUCGGGCCGUUCUCCAACUUGGAAGACUUCAGUAACGACUUCCGGUGUCCGCUGGGCUCCAACAUGAACCCGGUCAACAAGUGUCAGGUUUGGUGAU